AUGCAAACGUUGCUAUCGCCGGCAGCUCGCACCGGCUACUUCACGGCGGCGCCACCACCAGCUGUCACGGCUCGGCCCUUAGCUUAUCAUCUCCCUCUUCGAUCAAUCUCCGACCGCCACGUGCCCAGCCGCACUCUCUCUUCUUCUUCGUCUUUGUCUCUUCCUUCAUUUGCUGCUCCCAACCACAGAGGAUCAAAGCUCUCCUUCACCACUAUAAGGGCUUCUUCUACUCCAAUUUCGCAGACAUUCACUUCCCCGAACGAUGAAUCUGAAAAGGCCAAGCUGCUUCAGGUAGCCAAAAGGUUAGAGAGCACAGCCAGGUACUUCAAGAGGUUGGGUGGUUUAGGGUUUUGGGGGCAGUUGGUGUGCACUGUUGUGGCCGCUGUGAUUCUUUCAUUUUCAGUUGUUAUAACUGGCAAGAUUUCGUCACCGCCUACUUUUUAUGCCACUGCCGGUGGGAUUGUGGCGGCAUUCAUUUCUGUGUUUUGGUCAUUCGGGUACAUUCGCCUCUCUGAUAAGCUUCGAAGAACUGCAAGUGACCCUGCAAAGGCUCCUCCUCGUGCUGAUGUUAUAAGGAGCUUAAAGAAUGGCAUAGUACUGAACCUGUUGGGUAUGGGUGCUUCUGUUCUUGGCAUGCAAGCCACGGUGGGACUGUUAGUUGCUAAGGCUCUUACUUCCUCAGCGAAUCCGUAUUACCAGGGUCUCUCUCCUGGUUACAGUCCUGUUCUUGCCUUGGAUGUAUUCUUAGUGCAGGCAGCGGCUAACACCAUCCUUUCUCAUUUCCUGGGACUUGUUUUCUCAUUAGAGCUGUUGCGCUCGGUGACAUUGCCACCUUCAGAAGGCAUUCCCAUUCCAAGGAUCGCAUAA